AUGGCAGGAAAAUCGCAAAAUCUUACUUUGAAAAUUGUGAAUACACGUGUAGAUCUACUAUCAAAACAAUUCAAUGACGGAAUCAACAUUUUGCGCACAGAGUUCGCAAAGAUAAGCCAGGCGCCUAUCACCAUAUCCGGUGAUUGUGAAAACUCCGAAUUUUUGAAGAAGUUAAACAGCUUCCAGGAAAGUAUUUCAUCUUCUCUGCAAGAAAUAAAAAUGCAAGUAAGCGAUAUAAAAUCGGAACUCUCCAAAGUCAAGCAGGACAUUUCAAAAAUGGAGCUGCAACACAACGUAAAUACGCUGUUGAUCCAUGGUUUAAGCGAAGAACAGGGCAAAGACCUAUACACAACAGUUUUGUCCUUUUUUCAACAAAAACUCAAUAUUCAAUUAAAUAAAAAUCACAUAAAUUUCUGUGUCCGUAUUGGUAAAAAACCAAACAAACCAAAGUCUUCAAAGUCAAGGCCAAUCUCAGUCCGUUUCAGGAAUCGGUGGAUGCGACACACUGUGUUUGCAAGCAAAAAACUAUUGAAAGGUUCAAAGGUAAUGAUUACUGAACUCCUUACGACCGAAAAUCUUGCCCUUUUCAAAAAGGCACGCGAUAUUUAUGAUAGAAAUAACGUGUGGACCUAUAACGGUUUAGUGUUCAAAAAAAAUUCGGCAGGUGAUCGUGAGCUAAUAAGGGAUGAAAAAUCCCUUAACGAUUCUAUAAUCUCUUUAAAUGAUAGCGCGAGUGAAAGAAACAACAAGGAUGGUGAUGACGGUGAAAAUUAA